GAAACGUCUUGUCAUUUUCAAAGAUGUCUUCUCAUAACUUACAUUCCCACGUUUUAACCUUACUUACUGAUCAUUAUUCCUAUAUACUAGGAGUAAGGCUAACUUAUUCGACCGCCGUUGGAUUAAAUCACCAACCGCCACGUGUCUCUCGGGUUUUACCCAAAAGAUUUAAAAAGGUUUCCGUCAAACCUUUAAAUACUUGACCUUGUGCCUUUAUACCGCCUUCCAUUCAUCUUCUACACCGAGAAAACUGAAAACAUCUUCACUCUUUUUUAAAAUCUUGCUUUCUUUAGCAAAAACUUCUCCAUGGCUUCAUCUUCAAAUGUUCUUCAACCCGCUGUGAAGCUCCAAUCAACAACACGUUCUGGGGAACGAGAGUUCGUUCCAAACCCUAAUACUGAAGAAAUACGCGCAAUCUACGCUUCCCAGGUAAUCAUACCUUUUGAUCUUUCUGGAAAAACUCUUGCCUUUAUGGGUCCGUUACCGAGUGAAAAUAUCCAAUCUGUGAAUAAAUUUUUCCCUGCUUACUAUAAAACUAGACCAAUAGUUAGCAAAGUUAAGAUAGAUGAAGACGGUCGUUCUCCUUUAGGCAAAUCUACUAAUGUAGAGGAAACUUCAACUGCAACCCCUUUAGCUUUAGCCAAAAUUAGGUUAAACUAUAUGACCAAUUCUGUAAAAGUGUUUAGGUCAUUCCCUUUAGCCAAAGAUCCUGAUUUGUACUAUGCCUGGUUAGAAAAAGUAGAAAAACAGAAAGGAUCCUUCUGGAAAUCGUUAGGGAUAUACGAUUUGAUCCAACUGUCAAAAACAGGUUUAGAAUACAACCAACCCAUGUUGGUAGCAGCGGUUCAUUUCUGGGAUGCUUCUCACAAUACCUUCCAUCUCCCAUGUGGCAUGGUUACCCCCACACUUUUCGAUGUGGCUGCUAUUACGGGACUUCGACCAACAGGUGAAACCUUCGAUCCUAAUGACAUGGAUAAUGACACUAUAGGUUUUAAUGAUUCGCAAGUUACUUACACGGCAUUCAUCCAGAAGCACCAUAUCACCGCUGAAACGACAGUAUCUGACGAAGAACAUAUUGCUUUUCUGGCAUUAUGGCUUUCACGGUGCGCCUUCUGCUCAAGAUCUAUCCAGGUUGCAAAGAGUUACCUUUGCAUGGCUAAUCAAUUGCAUGCUGGGAAAAAACUCAACCUCAGCCAACUACUUCUAGGGUUUCUUUACGAAAACCUUAGUGAAGCUGCAAAUCUUACUAAAAAUUUCAAAUCUGGCAGUUUACUUUAUGCUGGUCCUUUCUGGUUAUUGCAACUGUGGCUUAACGCUACAUUCGAAACUCAUCUUCCCUUUCGAGGAGAUGUCAAUGAGGAGGACAGCACAAUCAAAAAUCGAACUAUAGAGGGGACCAGGUUAGCUUACCUAACUCCAAAAGAAGAAAUGGGAAAGCUUCAUGAACAUUUCCUGGCGUAUUCAAUGAUGUUUGCUCGGCGUGACCAGUUCGAUCCUUCUAUGGCCCCAUUUGUACACAGAAUAAUAGGCCCUGAAUGGUUCACUCGAAAAUUUCCACCAACAUCUCAAGAUCAACAAAUCGAAUCUAUGGAAAUUUGGGAAGCCUUUCUGACUCCAAGAUUAUUUUCCCAUCGUCUUCGACCAUCAAAGGGUCAAUGUAUCCUCAUGUGUUAUCAACCAAAUUUGGUCUCGAGACAGUUUGGGCUAGCUCAGAUAACACCCAAGUGCUUAUAUGAGAAAAGAAACCAUAUGUGUUUCCACACUUUGUAUUUGACUGAAGAAGAAUGCGAACGAAAAAUCAACAAAUACAUUGGCGUCACCAACCUUUCUCCUAUUUCUUUCGAACCUUCUUUCUACUCUACACCAGAUUUCCAUCAAUGGUGGACAGAGUAUUAUAGCUCUCAAAUUUUUUAUGCUGAUAGCCUUGCUCAAGAACUAACCGCAGCUUUCACUGAUGUGCAGGAGAACUUCAAAAAAGGUACUUCAACUCAUAUUAAAGAAAUCCAAGCUUUUCAAAAAUUCUUUGAAACUAUCUAUAUGCCUGAUGAUCUUAGUCGGACCGUUCGUGAGGCUGCAGUCACUUUGCGCGAAAAGUUUUCCACCAAACUAAAUAAAUUGAAAUUGCCCUCGUAUGUUCGACCAGAACUACGUUAUGAAGUGGCUUUCAAACUUCAUCCUCCAAAAUUCCCUCCACUACCAAGUGCUGAUUUUGGUGUGGCUCUAAGUCCUCCUUUCCCAGACUGGUUUGUGUGUGGGAAUGUUCUCAAAAUUCUUCGAGAGAGUACUAAAAAACGCGCUGAGCGAGUGGUUUCGACUAAGCAUACCUUGGAUACUUUCAAAGGACAUCUUCAUAUAGAUCUUAAACAUGUCCGUGUCCUGACUCCAAUACCUGAAGGUUUGGAUUAAGAUAAUCUUUUUCGACUGACUUCUCUUUUCUUUACUGAUAUACUAAUUUCAGUCUCAACUACAGCUGUUGCACGAAGGAGGAAGAUUAAAGAAGCUUCUGCCCCAAAAGAGUCUGAGACAUCUAAAAGCGACAAACCAAACGAGAGUGACUCGAUCGUCACUGAUAAGAAACCCACGGUAAAUACUUAUCUCAUACUCUCAAUCUUGUGCAAUUCUGUGAUUAGUAUUCAUCUUUCUCAUUUUCCACUUGCCAGAGCUCGAAACCCCCAACGGGUUCGAAGCGUAAAGCUUCUUCGACAACUGGUUCAGAUGGCGAAGAUAAAUCUCCUCCUCAAACUAGACAAGGACAGAAAAAGAAACACAAAGCUGUUACCCCUUCAAGAAAAGGGAAAAAGGCAAGUCCUUCAACAGCUGCUUCUCCUGGUAAUAAGGCGUCUUCUGAAGAGUCUCCUUUGAAGACUGCCAGCAAUGCUCUUGUUUUGGAAAGUCAUAACUCAAGUCCAGACAACAAUCCACCCAAGGAUGAUGCUGGCACUGCUACUUCUGGUUUCAAAGACCAUGGCCUCACCAUUGAUGUUGAUAAACUUUAUGGUAAUUGUUAAAUUUCAACUUUCGUCAAUUAAAACUUUCGAAGGCUUAACCUCACGACUAACUUGGCUUCGUUCAAAACAGAUACUUCUCAAGCUAGAACCCAUGUUCUCUCACCAGUCUUCGAAGAUGUUAGGCCAAUUGCCACUAUAUUGCCUAAUGAGCCAAUCGAAGAAAGCCAAUCUACUGAGGAAUCUCCACCUACUCAUCAAGGCAAAGAUUUGGAAGAGGAUCAUCCGUUCUCCAGCAGCGACAAUGUGAACAAGCAAUCACAUGGCAACGAAGAUUCUGCAUCGGAGAAAGAUGCUAUGGAGGAGAUUUCUCAACCAGAAAAACCAAUCUCUCAAGGAACUUCAACUCCCGAUGUAAAAACUAUUCCUGAGACAACUUCGACGCCUGCCCCUACGAAGCCUACUCCUUCGGAGCUUGAACAACUUAAACAGACUGAUCCUCUUGGGUUCCUAAAGGCUAUCAUGAAUGUGAAUACUUCUUCACUUUCGGAGCCUGAUGUCUCUCCAGCUGUAACUGCAGAUUCUAGUGACAAGGAAGAUACUCCUAAUCUUCUUCGACAGAUAAAAGAGAGAUUCUUUGGGGUCAAUCUUGUAGAUGUUCUCAACCGGGACCCUGUUAAAAGCCACAACUUAAAUCAACUUUUAAAGAAAGUAGAUUUGCUUCAAGUUUCCCCAGAAGUCUCAGAGAUGAUUGUUCUGCUAGGCUCUCUACUUGAACAACUCCAAGCUAACAUUCUUCGAAAGCAAAAUGUCGAGAAAGAAUUAUCUGAGACAGUGGCCUCUCAUGACUCUUCAUGGAAUUCUGCUGUGGAAGCCACAAAACAAGGUGAGGCCCUCAGGCUCAAAUAUUCAGAAAAUCAGAAGACCGUCGAUGAUUAUGAGAAGAAAAUCAACUCUUGGAAGCAAGAAAUCAAAGCACUCAAGGGCAAGAUAAAGGAGGCUGAAAGUAGUCAAGCAGCCCUCAAAAAAUCUAAUCAACAAGAUUUGCUCGAAGUGGUGCAGUCAGGAAUCAAACAUUUCGAGACUGCACAGAAGUUAGUGCCAGAGAUCGAAAAGUUGAAGAAACAAAGGGCACUAAUUGAACUUCGAAUGUCCUCAUGGGAAACUCAAUACCUGAAGAUCAAAAAGGAUCUCCCUGAGGAAUUUAGCUAAAUGUCUUCAAUCUUGUUUCAUUUGUUGGAUUUUUUAUUUUGUAAUCGAGACAUUUCUAUCCAUAAUAUUUGCCAGCAUUAAUUUAACAAAUCUUUCAAUUUUCUGCCAAAUAUAUCUUUAGAUUUCCUACAGUGCUUUUAUUAAAUGCAAUAUGUAGAACCUGAACAUCCUUCGCAGCACUCUUGCCUCUAGACUUGACGUUUCCACUUCCUCUAGCCAUAAUCAUUAUUAAAAGUGACGUAAUUUUCUCCAAAACGCCGGUUUUAAGACGUGCGUGCAUCAGUUUAAUGAUUACUUCUCAACUUCCAAUGGCGGGAAACGGCGGAGGCCAUAACUUCUCAUUUUGAAAAACGAACCGCAGUCUAAUCACUCAUUAAAAAUGUAAAACCAACCUUCAGUAUUCUCUUUCUAUAUAAAGGGUCCAAUAUCACCCUCAUUUCUUUAUUCAAAUGCUUCUUCUUCCAAACCAAAACACAGAGAAAAGAAAAAACACAACUCUUUCCUCUCAAACACCAUUUUUCCUUGAAAUGGCUGGAAUUCUCUCCUUUAACGAUCUCAAAGCUCUCAUCAAGGGUGAGUUCAGACUUAAUGAGGAUGAACUUGUUCGUCAUUUCAUUAAUAUUGAAACCCUCUUUGCUAAUCAGGAACUGAACUUCUACUUUGAGGAAGUCCUGGAGGGUGCCAUCUACCCUAAUAUGGUGGCAGAGUUUUGGAUGAAUGCGUCUUUACGCAUAGACCCUGAAGGUAGAGCCACCAUUGAUUCAUCCAUUCGACAUGCUCACCUUAGCAUUACCCCCACCACUAUUGCCAAUCUCAUAAGAUGCAAUAACUCCGGAGCAACUUUUGAUGAUAAUGUUUUCAGCAUGACUACUCAUAUCAUGUUGAGAACACUCAUGGACAGUGAUCGCUUUAGCGCAAAAACCAUCAGGAUCUGGCACCAAAUGCUCGUAGGCAACUUUCAACCUCGGGUGAUCGAUGAGAAUAACAUCAUGGUUGAAGAUCUGGAGUUUAUUCUCUGUGGUCUUCGGGGAAGAAAGAUCAACAUACCCUUGAUGAUCUUCAAGGGGCUUGUCAAAGCUGUUUCUACCGGUGUUGAUCGUCGAGAAAGUGUAACUUGUCUUCCAUACGGGAGGCUCCUUAGUUACAUUUUUCUCAAGAAAGGCGUAGUGAGAAGAAUGCGUGAUUCUGGAGCUAGGGACAUGUUCGAAGCUGAACCUGUUCCUGUGCUAUCUUUGGAAGGUUUAGACGCCAGAAUUAACUAGCGAGUCUAGGUUUAAUCUUUUUAUAUGUCUAUGCCUUCCUUUCUUUUUGUAAUCUCAGAUCCUAUUUUUGGAUAUUUUUGUAAUGAAUGUAUUUCCAUGCUUGCAAUGAAAAGAAUAUUUUGGUGUUUUCCUUGAUUUUUCUUUCCA